CCGCACGCAGAUCGCACGCAGAUCGUCCCCAGACCCCGAGGAGGCGCAUAAUGGGCCCCGGGACCCUCGUCCUGCUGCUCUCCGGGGCCCUGGGCCUGACGGGGACCCGGGCGGGCUCCCACUCCCUGAGGUAUUUCUUCACUUCCUGGUCCCGGCCCGGCGGCGGGGAGCCCCGGUUCAUCUCCGUCGGCUACGUGGACGACAUGCAGUUCGUGCGGUUCGACAGCGACGCCGCGAGUCCGAGGGCGGAGCCGCGGGCGGCGUGGAUGGAGGGGCCGUGGGUGGAGCAGGCGCUGCCGGGGUACUGGGAGCGGAACACGCAGUUAUACGAGGACACCGCACAGACUGACCGAGUGAGCCUGCACACCCUGCGCCGCUACUACAACCAGAGCGAGGCCGGGUCUCACACCAUCCAGAGGAUGUCCGGCUGCGACGUGGGGCCGGACGGGCGCCUCCUCCGCGGGUACUGGCAGGCCGCCUACGACGGCGCUGAGUACAUCGCCCUGAACGAGGACCUUUCCUCCUGGACCGCGGCCGACACGGCGGCUCAGAUCUCCCGGCGCAAGUGGGAGGCGGCCGGUGGGGCGGAGAGCCUGAGGGGCUACUUUGAGGGCCUGUGCCUGGAGUGGCUACGCAAAUACCUGGAGAAGGGGAAGGAGACGCUGCUGCGCGCAGACCCUCCAAAGACACACGUGACCCACCACCCCAGCUCUGACCGUGGCGUCACCCUGAGGUGCUGGGCUCUGGGCUUCUACCCUGCGGAGAUCACCUUGACCUGGCAGCGUGAUGGGGAGGACAUGACCCAGGACACGGAGCUCGUGGAGACCAGGCCUGCAGGGGAUGGGACCUUCCAGAAGUGGGCAGCUGUGGCGGUGCCUCCUGGAGAGGAGCAGAGAUACACGUGCCAUGUGCAGCACGAGGGGCUACCCGAGCCCCUGACCCUGAGAUGGGAGCCACCUCCUCAGGCCACCAACUCCAUUGGCAUGGUGAUGGGCAUCAUUGUUGGGGUGCUGGUCCUCCUCGGAGCUGUGGUGGCUGGAGCUGUGCUGUGGAGGAGGAGGCUCUCAGGUGGAAAAGGAUGGAGCUACGCUCAGGCUACAAGAUGUGACAGUGCCCAGAGCUCUGAUGUGUCUCUCACGGCUUCUAAAGCGUGAGACAGUUGCUUUGUGGGGGACUGAGUGAUGCAAGAUGUGUUCAUGCUCCAGUUUGUGACUUCAGGAACCUCUGACCUCUCUUUCUGCAAAGGGCAUCUUAAUGUGUCUGCGUUCCUCUCAGCAUCAUGUGAGGAGGUGGGAGACUGCCCGCCCCCUGCCCUCCAUGCCCCCUCUCAACACUGAGCCUCUUCGCUGACCCACUGUCCUGUUCCAGCAGAGGCUGUUUCCAUCCCCGCUUUUACUUUGUGUUACACUGAGCAGCAACUUCUUACAUCUUAUUGAAAUAAUCAUCUGGAUAUGGAUUUGUUUUUUUCAGUUGUUGCCAUGAAGGGUUGAUGGGUUAAUAGAAGAAGAAAAUCCUAAGGUUUCAGAGGAAAUAAACGGAAGCACUGAGAACCUUCCAGAAUCCAUGUGUUGGCUGUGCUGAGUCUAUUGCAGGUGGAGACAGGAGAGGCUGUGAGGACCGAGCGUGGAUGCGGACUGAGCCCAUUCAAUGCUCAGGGCAUUGUGGGCAUCGACGUGGUCACUCCUCGGCUGGGUGACCUCUCUGCCCCUUUGUCCUUGUCCCUUCAGUAGAACCUUGUCCCACUAGGACCUGUGAUCCCAGAGACUUGAACAUCCCCCAGGCCUGGUCUUGUCAGUAAGGGCUUCGUGUGUCUGGGUCAGCCUAGUCUCAGGCCUGGCCUGGCCCUCAGCCCCCAUCUUUUGGGUGUUCAUUUGUGUUUCUAUAGAGGAAUAUAACUGGUUUUGUUCUUGUUA